AUGAAUCCAAAUUUUGAAAAGGGUCUGAAUGAUGGGAUCAGUGGAGGCUGGCAGUCUAAGUUGACAUCCGAUGUUGGACCUCGAAAGAUGGCUCUCGAAAAGCCUUUGAAGGAUGGACAGUGUGGGUAUUGGAGUUGGGUUUCCAUUGAGAGGACAGUUUGUGGAACAAUGUCCUUCCAGCAACCCGAAGCGGAUCAUUGCAGUGGAAAUAUGCAUAAUCUAGAUGAUUAUUGCGUAGAUGAUCUACGGCUCAAUCCAGAUGGUACUGUCGAUGGUACGACAAUCUUCGUCUACACGGACUGUGCGACUCGACUUCCACUGCCUAUGAAUCAACAGACGAGCCGGGUAUAUAGGAUUCCAGGUGUCGCUCUAGAUAGCGAGGAAAUUUCCAUACUAUCCCAAGGCCUAGGAUCAGAUCGUGAGCCGAGUAUGAUCCCAAUAAACUUGGGACAACAGGUGCUAUGA